AGGAAUCAUUCACAAUAAAACUAUUUAUCGACUAUUAAGGUAUAUUGCACAUAUCUAAGAAAGCAACGAGCUACAGUAUAAAAUAAACAAAUUUUUGUCUGCUGAAAUUUUUUCCUUGAGACAAAAUUAAAACUAUAAGAUUGGAAUGACUGACACCAUAGUUCAAAAAUUUCACUGUGGUGAAAUAUUUGUAACCGACAAUUUGUGUAUGAUACUUGAGUGCAAAACAUGCAAGGAGCAGUUUGGAGUUUAUUCAAAAUUCCUGGAUCAUAUAUUUCAAAAUCAUUAUGAUAAUUGGACGAGACCUAAAAGCUGCAUGCCUACUCUCGAAAGAAGUACCAUAAUUAAGAAGAUUGAACCGACUGAUAAUCGGGACUUGAGUGAUGAUGAAAAUUUAGUGACAGAACAACUGGAACCAAUAGAAGACAUGAUCAUGGAAGAUGACUUCACGGAAGGAACAUCUGUACAAAAAUCAACAGCAGAAGGAAAUCUAGAAGGCCAGCGGCUAUCUAUUAAGAAUGCACAAAGCGCUGCAAAGAGAAAAUAUAAAUGUAAAAUAUGCGGCUUUUCCGUAACUGGUCAACAUAAUUUACGUGGUCAUAUUCAAAGACACAGUAAUAUAAAGCCAUUCACUUGUUUAACAUGUAACAAAGGUUUUUACACGAGCACAGAACUGAAUAUCCAUACUAGACGUCAUUUAGGCGAUAAGCCGUAUGUUUGUUCUUUUUGUGGGAAAGAUUUCGUUUCCGCAGGAACGCUAACUACUCAUGAAAAGAAACACUUGGGUAUACGAAAACAUAAAUGUGAUCAAUGUGAGAAGAGCUUUUUCACUCCAUUUCAGCUUAGAAAUCAUAUUGUGGUGCAUACGCAAGAACGCAACUAUUCUUGCGAGCAGUGUCAAGCGAAAUUUUCGCGCAAGAGAACUUUACUGACUCACAUGAAAUUACAUGAAAACGCUCUAGAGUACGAAUGCAUUAUAUGUCAUAUGCGUUUCAAUCAGAGACCUACACUACUAUGGCAUGUGAAAAGUAAGCAUAACGUAUUGCGUGAGGGAAGUGAAGGAAUGGACCCAUCACAGUCGAAGGCUGCGAACAACAUUAAUUGAAAAAUUGUAAAAAUUAUAAAUAAUUAAAUAAAUGUUGAUAUUUAGUAUAUGAAUGUA